UCGCAUACAAACAGGCCCCAAAAGCUGUCGCGAGUGGACGUUUUGGAAUACUGUCACAGACGAGGUGCAGAGCGAAAAAUCGAUUGAUUUUUAUCCUCAAUCCCGCAGCUAGUAGUAAGAAUCCUUUCUUUGACCCUCGCGGAAGAAGGGGAGCGUUUGCAUAAUCCUUGUUCAUCCAGGCCAACGAUCUGGAUACGUGGGUGGUGGCGAUUUCCUGCGAUUUGCAAAUUGUGAAGUGAACAAUUUCAGGGCGUCAAAAGAAGUGAUUAUCAUCGUUCGCCUACUGCCAAUGGCGACAUUGCUGCUUUGCUAUUCCCGAGCGAACAGUCAUUCAUAUUUUCAUCAGCUCAUCGCGUAGGCUACUUUGGGUGGGAAAGAAAAAGUGCCCGUCGUCGAAAGUAAGAAGAAGAGCUUUUUUUUCCUCUGCUCUCCACUGGAUCAUCGCGUUCGGAUGUUUUUGAAUUCUACUUGAUUAGGAUUGCGAAGCAGAAGAGACCACGAUAAAUUCAACUGUGAGUUUGACUUAACGCUUUAUCUUGUGGCCGAGAAAGGAUUGAAGGAGGAGAAUUUUGAUUAGUGUCUGAACUGAGAUAGUGGGGCGCCGAAAUGGCUCCGGUUCGUGGCGAUGGAAUGCGCGGCUUAGCCGUGUUUAUAUCGGACAUUCGAAAUUGUAAAAGCAAAGAGGCGGAAAUCAAGCGCAUCAACAAAGAACUAGCAAAUAUUCGCAGCAAAUUCAAAGGCGACAAAACGCUGGACGGUUACCAAAAGAAGAAAUAUGUAUGUAAGCUACUUUUUAUAUUCCUGCUCGGUCAUGACAUCGACUUUGGCCAGAUGGAGGCCGUUAAUUUGUUGUCUUCAAACAAAUACUCUGAAAAGCAGAUUGGUUACCUCUUCAUCUCGGUGCUGGUAAACACCAACAGCGACCUAAUCAAGCUGAUUAUCCAGAGUAUUAAGAAUGAUUUACAAUCGCGCAACCCGAUCCAUGUCAACUUGGCACUGCAAUGCAUUGCCAAUAUCGGCAGUCGUGACAUGGCCGAAGCAUUUUCGACGGAAAUUCCGAAACUGCUAGUUUCCGGCGAUACGAUGGAUGUGGUAAAACAGUCGGCCGCUCUCUGUUUAUUGCGAUUGUACCGCACCUGUCCGGACAUUAUUCCCGGUGGCGAAUGGACCAGUCGAAUCAUUCACUUGUUGAACGAUCAGCACAUGGGCGUUGUAACGGCGGCCACCAGUUUGAUUGACGCUUUGGUCAAAAAGAAUCCCGACGAGUACAAAGGAUGUGUCAGUUUGGCCGUGUCUAGGCUAUCUCGCAUCGUUACAGCAUCGUACACCGAUUUGCAAGAUUAUACGUACUACUUUGUCCCGGCGCCUUGGCUUUCGGUGAAGCUGCUUCGUCUAUUGCAAAAUUACAAUCCACCAACGGAAGAUCCUGGUGUGCGCGGUCGUUUGAACGAGUGUCUCGAGACCAUCUUGAACAAAGCUCAGGAACCACCAAAGAGCAAAAAAGUACAACAUUCCAAUGCCAAGAAUGCCGUUUUAUUCGAAGCAAUCAACUUGAUCAUACACAACGAUAGUGAAGCCAAUUUGCUGGUUCGGGCUUGCAAUCAGCUCGGUCAGUUUUUGAGUAAUCGUGAGACCAAUUUGCGCUAUCUGGCCCUCGAGUCGAUGUGCCACUUGGCUACCUCGGAAUUUUCACACGAAGCAGUCAAGAAACAUCAGGAAGUGGUCAUACUUUCCAUGAAGAUGGAAAAAGAUGUGUCGGUGCGCCAACAGGCAGUUGAUUUGCUUUAUGCCAUGUGCGAUCGCACUAACGCCGAAGAAAUCGUGCAGGAAAUGUUGAAUUAUCUUGAGACGGCUGAUUACUCGAUUCGUGAAGAGAUGGUGCUUAAGGUGGCCAUUCUGGCGGAAAAAUAUGCUACCGAUUUCACAUGGUACGUUGAUGUGAUUUUGAAUUUGAUUCGCAUUGCCGGCGAUUACGUUUCGGAAGAGGUUUGGUACCGUGUCAUACAGAUUGUUAUCAACCGGGAGGAAGUUCAAGGUUACGCAGCGAAAACUGUUUUUGAAGCUCUGCAGGCCCCAGCCUGCCACGAAAAUAUGGUCAAAGUGGGCGGGUACAUUCUAGGCGAGUUUGGAAAUCUGAUUGCCGGAGAUUCUCGAUCCGCUCCGAUGGUCCAAUUUAAGCUGCUCCAUUCGAAGUACCAUCUGUGUUCGUCCAUGACACGAGCUCUGCUUCUUUCAACCUACAUCAAAUUUAUCAAUCUAUUCCCGGAAAUUCGCACCACGAUUCAGGAUGUGUUCCGGCAGCACAGCAAUCUCCGAUCGGCGGAUGCCGAGUUGCAACAGAGAGCAAGCGAAUAUCUCCAACUGAGCAUUGUUGCUUCCACGGAUGUGUUGGCAACCGUGCUGGAAGAGAUGCCAUCGUUCCCGGAACGGGAGAGUUCCAUUUUGGCCGUACUGAAGAAGAAAAAACCUGGCCGAGUUCCUGAGAAUGCGGAAAUUAGGGACAACAAGAGUCCGGUGCCAAACGCCCAUAAUGCUCAUAGUGCUCAAAAUAACCAUAUUUCGGGAGUAAAUAAUGCGAAUGCUAGCUCGGAUCUGCUUGGUUUGAGCACACCGCCUGCCUCGCAAUCACAGACUGGAGCACUGAUUGAUGUUCUGGGCGAUAUUUACAGCACUGCCAAUGGCAACAGCGGUGUUAUCAAUAAUUCCAAAAAAUUUGUCUUUAAGAACAACGGCGUUUUGUUUGAGAACGAUUUGCUACAGAUUGGCGUCAAGAGUGAAUUCCGACAGAACCUGGGCCGGCUUGGGUUGUACUAUGGCAAUAAGACGCAAACGGCUUUGCAAAAUUUUGUCCCUACUCUGCAAUGGUCGGCGGAAGAUGCACUCAAACUGAACGUUCAGAUAAAGGCCGUCGAACCAACGCUGGAAGCCGGUGCCCAGAUCCAGCAGCUACUGACGGCCGAGUGUAUCGACAACUACUCCAGUGCACCGUCGAUCGUCAUCAACUUCCGGGUCAGCGGUGGAGCACCGCAAAAACUUACCGUCCUGUUACCGCUGACCAUCAACAAGUUCUUCGAACCAACCGAAAUGAAUGCCGAAUCGUUCUUCGCUAGGUGGAAAAAUUUGGGAGGUGAACAGCAACGUGCCCAGCGUGUUUUCAAGGCUCAACAACCGCUCGAUUUGCCCGGGGCACGGAAUAAACUGAUUGGUUUUGGCAUGCAGUUACUGGAAGGAAUUGAUCCCAAUCCGGAUAAUAUGGUGUGCGCCGGUAUCAUCCAUACGCAGGCUCACAAAGUCGGCUGUUUGCUUCGUCUCGAACCGAACAAGCAAGCACAGGUUUGUAUGUUCCGUUUGACCAUCCGUUCCAGCUUAGAGAAUGUUACGCAGGAAGUCUGUGAUUUGCUUGUCGACCAAUUCUAAGCGAGGAUAAUUGCAACCUUGGAAACAUACAGCGAUUGGAUUGACCAGAGGAGGGUGCGUUUCGUUUCCUUUCAUUGUAAAUUAUGCUGGUAGUAAUGUUGUCUAGUGGUAGGAAGUUUUCUGUUCAGAAAGUGAAAAAAGCAACAAAAAUACCUAAUUCAAACUGUUCCCCAAGGCGCUUAUUUGUUUAAACAAUAACAAAAAAGAAAAACAAAGACAACUCAUCGCCUGCAGUAAAGUAAGCUCACGUUUUCGUUGUUUCGAGAGACUACACAUUUGCUAGUGUUGCGUAUUAUAAUCAAUGACCUUGCGUUUGCGACUGAAACAGAUCACCUAAACAUAACCUAUGUAUGUUAAAUCUUAACAAUAGAGCUACUUUAAUAUAGACCGCUAUAUAAGCAAGUUAAUUGGGACAAACGACGAUGCCAGACUGUUGGUGAGCAACUGUUAGAUUUAGCAUCAGCAUUUUGUCCAAUCUCCUCCGUUCUGGCCACGUUAGUAAUACAGCUAGGUUGAAAAUGUAUUAAUAGAUGGUGAAACAAAAAUCCUUACCAUACCGACGAUGAUUCCAAAUAUUUGUUAAACUCAUUUAAGAAAAGUACGUACGUUUGGACUACAAAAAAAACACAAAGAAAAUCUCAUCUAUGGCUUACUGAUAUGAAAAAUAGAUUGUAAAUGUAUGAAUAAAUGAAACAGAUUUAAAUGAAGUUAGACUGUACUGAACGGCGGAAAGAUUUCGCAGGAAAAUCUACGCACUCUUACAUUUCGUUGUGCGGGCAAAGAAUCGAAUACUUCAGCUUCAGUACUGCACAAAAAAAAACAUCAUCACUCGUUGGCAAAACGAAUUUUACUCUGCCCUGUGAGUGGAUCCUGCUAAUGUUAAACGGAGAGCCCCCUUAAUAUUGUGCUAACUCGAAAAAUGCGGAAUUUUUGUACGGUGACAUUCGUGAUCAUCGACAUUAUAUUAUUUCCACUCAUAUAAUAUCGUUGCUAAUAUAUUAUGUUAUAUUUGUAUAUCAUGCAAUAUUACUUUAUACAUAGUCCGAUUUGAAAGGCAAAAAGGAAUGAACUGAAAAUUCAUUUGUAUAUUUUAACUGACUUAACUAUUUCUGUUUUCUUCGAAUUAUACAAUAAUGACACAAUCGUUCACAAUAUCAUACUCAUCAGUUUCACUGAAAGUAAAUAGGAAAAAAAACAGAUAAAUGUCGCUAACUAAGCAUCUAAAGUGCAUAACACAGGACACAAAUAAAUGAGAAACAAAAAACAACUUUAGCUUUAUAUCAAUCCACAUCCAGAGACAACGGGAUAAACUGAACACAUCCUUCUGAAGGACAUGCAAAAACUAGUGAACCUAAUCGUAUCAUACAUUAAUGAGGAAGAGUGCCGAUUUGAACAAAUGCAUCAAUGCUAUAUAAAACAAAAUUUCUCCGUAUGACAGAACAUAUGAACAUGAGGAAAAAUAUACGAAAGUUAUUGAACGAGAAAA